AUGGCUCGUUGUGUCCCAAGAAUGCGCGGAGCGACGUCUCGCCUUGUCGCUCUACAACCCUUCCUCGCCCAGCCUUCCCUCACUUCAUCCACGCCCACACCCGCGCUCCUUCCGCCCUCCACCCCGCCUCUCCCCUUCCACCCGCUCCCCGCUUCCGCCGCUGCAUCUUCCCCCUGCCCCCCCCGCCAACCAUGGCUCCGCUCAACCGUUUCCGCUCUCCUCCCAGCGUCCUCUGUCCCCUCCCCAAACGCGUCUUCCGCUCUGUCUUUCCUCUCCGUCCCAUUCGUCCCUUCUUCCGCUUCCGCCCUUUCCGCCCCUUCCGUCCUCCGACCCGCGCGCUCCCCCUACCGUAACUCCCCUCCUCCCCUUCCUUCCCCGUACCGUGACGCCUGGCUACAUCUCGCCCGCCAAAUCAGCAGCAGCGCGGGAAGCAGCGGCGGGGGAAGCGGCUCUGCGGUGGAGGCGUCCCCCGGCGGAGCUGGCGCGGGGGAGGCACCACCUGGGGGAGGCGUUUUCCAGAAUAUCCGGGUGGAGCUUGUGGCGGACGGGCAGGUUGGGUUAAUUACCCUGGCACGGCCGAAAGCACUGAACGCACUGUCGCAGGCGGUUAUGGGGGAGGUGGUAUCUGCGCUCAAGUGGAUGGACCAGAAGGACUCGGUGGGGGCGACGGUGGUGACGGGCGAGGGGCGCGCGUUUGCAGCCGGGGCGGACAUAGCGGAGAUGGCGCCGCUGACCUUCGCUGCUGCUCUCAAGGGCGACUUGCUGGGGCAGUGGGACGACAUGCGACGUGUGAAGAAGCCUGUCAUCGCUGCUGUCAAUGGGUACGCACUGGGUGGCGGGUGCAAGCUGGCAAUGGUGUGUGGCAUUGUCUUAGCCGGACAAAAGGCUGUGUUCGGGCAGCCUCAGUUGAAGCUACCCACGCCGUGCCUACCCCUUCCCGCCGCUCAUCCCCCUCCAACCUUCCGCCCCUCCCCUUAUAGCUUUCCUCAGCUAUGCCUUGGGCGGCGGGUCUACGCACUGGGCGGCAGGUGUGAGCUGGCAAUGAUGUGCGACAUCAUCCUGGCGGGCGAGAAGGCCGUGUUUGGGCAGCCAGAGGUGAAGCUACCCCCUUUUGCCCUCUCACGCACUCCCUCGUCCCACCCCUCUCUGUCUGUCCCGCUUUCUUUCUCCAGCUAUGCCUUGGGUGGCGGGUGCGAGCUGGCAAUGAUGUGUGACAUCAUUCUAGCCGGCGAAAAAGCCGUGUUCGGUCAGCCGGAGGUGAAGCUGGGGGUCAUUCCCGGGAUGGGCGGCACGCAGCGUCUCACUCGCGCGGUGGGCAAGGCGCGAGCCAUGGAGAUGAUUCUGACAGGGGAGUUCUUUAUGGAUGCAGAAGAGGCUGCACAGGCUGGGCUUGUCAGCCGAGUGGUGAGUAGGCUGCGAGUAGCAUGCUAUACUGAGUGGGCUUGUAUGGGAUCUGCGGAAGAAAAGAGCCAUGGAGAUGAUUCUGACGGGGGAGUUCUUUAUGGAUGCACAGGAGGCAGUGCAGGCUGGGCUGGUCCACAAGAGGACCUAUUGAAAGCAGCCAUGGCAACAGCUGCCAAGAUUGCAGCGCUGUUGCAACCAGCCGUGGCCAUGGCCAAGCAGAGCGUCAACGUUGCCUUCACCAACAUGAAUGCAUUCCCCCCGGCAUUCCCCUUGUUCACCCCUCGUUUUCCCGUCACGUUCCCCAGAUCCCAGCCCAGGCCCACCAGAGGAGCUAGUGAAAGCAGCCAUCGCAACAGCUGCCAAGAUAGCAGCGCGGUCGCAACCGGCAGUAGCGAUGGCCAAGCAGAGCGCCCACAGGAAGACCUAGUGAAAGCAGCCAUCGCAACAGCCACCAAGAUAGCAGCGCUGUCCCAGCCAGCAGUGGCCAUGGCAAAGCAGAGCGUCAACGCGGCUUUCAACGGGUCGCUGGCUCAAGGGCUGGCGGAGGAGCGGGCACUCUUCCUCUCCUGCUUUGCCCUCGCCGACCAGAAGGAAGGCAUGGAGGCUUUCCUUGAGAAGCGGGCUGCUCGUUUCAAGCAUGAAUGA